AUGAAAAGAUUGUUCCUCGACAAGUUUUUCCCUGCAACAAGAGCUGCCAAUAUUAGAAAAGAAAUUUAUGGCAUAACACAGUUCAUUGGAGAAACGUUGUAUGAAUAUUGGGAAAGGUUCAAGCAACUGUGUGCUAAAUGCCCACAUCAUCAAAUCUCUCCACAACUCCUAAUCCAAUAUUUCUAUGAAGGAUUAUUGCCAAUGGAUAGGAGUAUGAUUGAUGCAGCAAGUGGUGGAGCUUUGGUAGAUAAAACGCCUGAAGAAGCCAAGCAAUUAAUUUCAAACAUGGCCGAAAAUUCUCAGCAAUUUGGUACAAGGGCUGAUGGAGCUACAAGGCGAGUUAAUGAGGUAAGUACUGAAAAUCUUGAAAAUCAAAUUUCUGAUUUAACUGCUUUGGUUCGUCAAAUGGCUGUAGGGCAAUUGCGAAUGGCAAAAGUCUGUGGAAUAUGUUCACUGCAAGGACAUCCCACCGAUAUGUGUCCAACAUUGCAACAAGACUCCAUGCAAGAACCUAAUGCUCUAGGCGGAUUUGCUGGUCAACCUCAAAGGAAGUAUGACCCCUUUUCCAAUCAUUACAAUCCUGGAUGGAGAGAUCACCCGAAUUUGAGCUGUGGGAAUCAAGGAGGACAACAGAAAUAUCCUCCACAGAAUUUCAAUAGACAACCCGUUCAACCAAAUUCAGGUAUGUCUUUGGAAGAUAUUGUUAAAAAUUUUGCUAACAAUAAUCUUCAAUUUCAACAGGAAACAAGGUCAAGCAUUCAAAAUUUAGGCAAUCAAAUAACUCAAUUGGCUACGUCAGUUAGUAAAUUGGAAGCCCAAAAUUCUGGAAAACUACCUUCGCAACCAGAAAUAAAUCUAAAGGAGAACGUUAGUGCAAUUUCUCUAAGAAGUGGAAAAGAGAUUCCUUCAGGCUCGAUUCCACCUAAAGAAAGUGAACUAACCAAGGAAAAUGAAGAAGAAGUUUCCUCUAAGGCAUCACGUAGGGUAAAAUUUGAUCCUCCCCUAUCUCUUUCAUCUCACACUCCAUUGCCUCAUUUUCCUAGAAGAUUAGCAAAACCAAAAGAAGAUGAGCAAGAAAAGGAGAUCUUGGACACAUUUAGAAAGGUGGAGAUAAAUAUCCCAUUAUUGGAUGCUAUCAAACAAAUUCCUAAAUAUGCAAAGUUCUUGAAGGAAUUGUGCACCAACAAAAGAAGAAUGAAGGAAAAGGAGAAAGUAGUGGUAAGUAGGAACGAGGUUUUUGUAGAAGAAAGUGUUGGUCACAAACAGGGAUUAGAUGAAAAUCCCAACUUUGAAGAAAAUGAUUAUGAGAUUGGUGUAAAAGAACUAUUCUCAGCAACAAUAUCUGAACCCACAAAUCUCAAUGCUGAAAUCUCUAAUACUAAUGACAAGAUGUUACCCUCUAUUGUGCAAGCACCAAAAUUAGAGCUGAAAACCUUACCGGAUCACUUAAAAUACGUGUAUUUAGGCGACAAGGAAACAUUACCUGUUAUCAUCUCAAAAGAACUAACAAUGAAACAGGAAAGAAGAUUAAUUGAAGCUUCGAAGGAAUACAAGGUUGCAAUCGGUUGGACGUUGGCUGACAUAAAAGGCAUUAGUCCAUCAAUUUGCAUGCACAGGAUUUUGCUAGAAGAUGAUGCUAAACCAUCAAGGGAACCACAAAGGAGACUAAACCUAGCCAUGAAAGAAGUUGUCAUGAAAGAGAUACUCAAGCUAUUAGAUGCAGGUAUAAUCUACCCAAUCUCAGAUAGUAGAUGGGUAAGUCCAAUUCAUGUUGUCCCUAAGAAAACUGGAAUGACCGUGGUAAGGAAUUCAGACAAUGAACUUGUACCAAUACGUGUGCAAAAUGGUCGGAGAAUGUGUAUAGAUUUCGGGAAGCUUAAUCAAGUAACUAGAAAAGACCAUUUUCCCUUACCUUUCAUUGAUCAAAUGUUAGAACGAUUAGCGGGAAAAUCUUUCUUCUGUUUUCUUGAUGGUUUUUCAGGAUUCUAUCAAAUUCCUAUCGCACAGGAAGAUCAAGAAAAAACAACAUUCACUUGUCCUUUCGGAACCUAUGCUUAUAGGCGAAUGCCUUUUGGUCUCUGUAAUGCUCUAGGUACGUUUCAAAGAUGCAUGAUGAGUAUUUUUUCUGAAUAUCUUGAGAAAUGCAUCGAAGUGUUUAUGGAUGACUUCACUGUGUAUGGGGAUUCAUUUGAUGAAUGCUUAGAAAAUUUAACAGAAGGUAUAGAAGUUAAUAAGGCAAAAGUAGACAUAAUUGCAAACUUACCAUACCCUACCAAUGUUAGGGAAGUGCGUUCUUUUCUAGGGCAUGCAGGAUUUUAUCGCAGAUUUAUCAAGGAUUUUUCCAAGGUCGCUUUGCCAUUAACAAAUUUACUGCAAAAAGAAGUUCAAUUCGAGUUUGAAAAAAAAUGCAGAGAGGCAUUCGUAAAACUCAAAGAUUUAUUGACAAGCACGCCUAUUAUUCAACCACCUAGAUGGGAUUUGCCUUUUGAAAUCAUGUGCGAUGCAAGCAAUUAUGCAGUGGGAGCAGUUCUAGGGCAGCGGAUUGAGAAGAAAAGUCAUGUCAUCUAUUAUGCUUCCAGGACGUUAAAUUCCGCACAAUGCAACUACUCCACGACAGAAAAGGAGCUUUUAUCAAUUGUCUUUGCUUUAGAUAAAUUUCGAUCUUACGUGCUUGGUUCUAAAGUUAUUGUGUAUUCUGAUCAUGCAGCUUUGAAGUAUCUUUUAGCAAAGAAAGAAUCAAAACCAAGGCUAAUUCGGUGGAUUUUGCUUUUUCAAGAAUUUCACUUAAACAUCAAAGAUAGAAAAGGAGUGGAAAAUUUUGUUGCAGACCAUUUGAGUAGGUUGAUAAGGGAAGAAGAUGACCUACCCUUCAAUGACAAUUUUCCUGAUGAACAUUUGUUCCAACUCAAAGGUAUGAUUCCUUGGUACGCAGACAUGGUAAAUUACUUAGUCACAAGAAAUCUACCUCAUUGUCUUAGUAAGUUUAGGAAGGCAAAGAUAAAGAGUGAAUCUAAGUAUUAUGUUUGGGAUGAACCCUUCUUAUGGAAAUUUUGUUCCGAUCAAGUGAUUAGGAGAUGUGUGCCUGAAAAUGAAUUUUGUGAGAAAUGUCAAAAAGUAGGAGCACUAACUCGAAAGAAUGAAAUGCCUCAAGUUCCGAUUCUCAUCUGUGAAAUAUUUGAUGUGUGGGGGAUCGAUUUUAUGGGUCCUCUACCCUCUUCUUAUGGUUUUUCAUAUAUACUUUUGGCGGUAGAUUAUGUAUCAAAAUGGGUGGAAGCUAAAGCCACCAGAACUGAUGAUUCUCAAACUGUUGUAGGUUUUAUCAAGGCUAACAUCUUUAAAAGGUUUGGAAUUCCAAGAGCUAUCGUCAGUGACCAGGGAACUCAUUUUUGCAAUAGAUCGGUUGCAUCUUUGAUGAAGAAGUAUGGAGUAAAUCAUAGGACAACCACCGCAUAUCAUCCUCAAACCAAUGGACAAGCCGAAGUUUCCAAUAGAGAAGUCAAAUCCAUCUUGGAAAAAACGGUGAAUCCAGGAAGAAAGGACUGGAGCCUUCGUUUAGAUGAUGCUCUUUGGGCAUACCGCACAACUUAUAAAACUCCCAUAGGAAUGUCCCCUUAUCGGUUAGUCUUCGGAAAAGCAUGUCACUUACCGGUAAAAAAUGAGCAUAAGGCCUAUUGGGCAGUUCGGCAAUGCAACAUGAACAUGGAUAAAGCAGGAAUGUCAAGGCUACUACAAUUGCAAGAAUUAGAGGAGUUGCGAUUAGAUGCAUAUGAGAAUUCGAGAAUUUACAAAGAGAAGUCCAAAUUACUCCACGACAAUACUCUUAUAAGGAAACAAUUUAAGACUGGUCAAAAAGUAUUGUUAUAUAAUUCUCGAUUAAAGCUUAUGCCUGCAGACCAGCCGUUAGACCCGACCACCGUUCCUCAACCAAAUCGCGACAACGCAGAUCCACCUACGGAGACGACACCUCGAGAGCCUAAUGCCACAGUCCCACCCACUGCCGGUGCGAGAGUUCGUCCAGAAAAAACAACGGCAGCCACUCGGAACAGCAGAAAAAUCUCAUUUAGGCGAACUCGCCUAGGGAAAGGGAAAGCUGUCCUACCACCAUCGGAAGACGAACUGACUGGAUUUUUGAAAUUCACUACUAAAGCGAGAAAGGACAGGUACGCCGAUGUACGAACGCGAGUGAUUUACCCAGGAUUUAUUGACACUGCAUUCUCUCUAACCAGUCAAUACAAGAGCUCUGCCAUAGAUUUUGUCGAUAAUUUUGAUCAGUCAAAACUUUGGAAGACAAUGUCUUCUGACCCAAUGCAUUAUGAUCCUAGCAACUCCAAAGGAUUUUUAAUUACUCAUUUGGCUAUUCACCUUCAAUUGCUUGAUCUAAAUAAUACCAACUUACAUAUUGCUUGCAAGAUGGAACCAUUGGACAUCGCCUGCUUGCUAAAAAUGCACGUGCUUGUGGAGCAUAAUGUGGCGUACUCUUUCCAACGGCCUUCUUCGCACGAUCAAGGCGAUCCUCCAAAAUCUAGAAAACGAUCUUGCCCAGCAAGCAGUCCUCGCAAUCCAGAGGGUUCUAGUGCACUAGAUUUUGAAGCUCGAUUGGACAAGAUGGAACGACAAAUUUCAAAGAUGGAGAGAAAUUUAGACGCCUUAAUGAAGCACUAG